GCCCGCAGGGAGCUGGGUGGCGGCGGCGCUGUCCUCAGGGAAACGCAUCAUUCCAGCCCGGCCGGGCAUGAGGCCGGGUCAGGAUGCCCAGGUCGCAGGAGGAAAAGGAGGAGCUGGACCCAGCGCCCGGAGAGAAGAAAAGGGGAAGACCACGCCAGAGAUCAAGGCUCAGCGGAGGCACCCGUCCGGAGGGCCGAAGAACGGGAGAGCCCAGAGCCAGCAAAGUCUCCCCGGGAGCCCGGGACAGACAGUGGAGUAGGAGCGCGGGAGCCGCCCGGAGCGCACCAUGCGCGGGUCCCAGCCCGCCGGGCCGGUCUACAUCGCCGGCCGGGUCACGUGGCCCCAGAGGGCGUGCUGCUGCCCGGGCGGGGGGGCGCGCGGGGCCGGGGGCGCGGCGGCCCUGAAGUGCCCUCCCUGCGCGCGGUGCUGGCCCCCGGGUGCGGGAGCCGCCCACUGCCCCCCCGGGCCCGCCCCGCCGCGGGCCGCCUGCCUGGUAUAUAGCGCGCCCCCGCAGGCCCCGUGCCACGUCGCUAGCCACGCCGCGGGCACCCGAGACUGUGCGGCGCCCCCGAGCCAGCCCCCCACCCCCUGCACCGCCGCCGCCCAAACAGGCGACCCCUGCGGGGGCUGCUGCCUCGACACCAUGAAGAAGGAGGUGUGCUCCGCAGCCUUCCUUAAGGCGGUGUUCGCAGAGUUCCUGGCCACCCUCAUCUUCGUCUUCUUCGGCCUCGGCUCGGCCCUCAAGUGGCCGUCGGCAAUGCCCAGCGUCCUGCAGAUCUCGCUGGCCUUCGGGCUGGCCAUAGGUACCAUGGCCCAGGCCCUGGGGCCCGUGAGCGGUGGCCACAUGAACCCCGCCAUCACGCUGGCCCUCCUGGUCGGUAACCAGAUCUCCCUGCUCCGGGCAGUCUUCUACCUGGUGGCCCAGCUGGUGGGCGCCAUUGCUGGCGCCGCAAUCCUCUAUGGGCUGGCCCCGUACAAUGCCCGAGGCAAUCUGGCUGUCAAUGCGCUCAACAACAACACGACUGCGGGCCAGGCUGUGGUGGCGGAAAUGAUUCUGACCUUCCAGCUGGCACUCUGCGUCUUCUCUUCCACUGACUCCCGCCGCACCAGCCCUGUGGGCUCCCCAGCCCUGUCCAUUGGCCUGUCCGUCACACUGGGCCACCUAGUGGGGAUCUACUUCACGGGCUGCUCCAUGAACCCGGCCCGAUCUUUCGGUCCCGCAGUGAUCAUGAGUCGGUUCAGCUCUGCACACUGGGUGUUCUGGGUGGGGCCCAUCGUGGGGGCUGCCACGGCUGCCAUCAUCUACUUCUACCUGCUCUUCCCCCACUCCCUGAGCCUGAGUGAUCGUGUGGCCAUCCUCAAGGGCACGUAUGAGCCGGACGAGGACUGGGAGGAGAGCCAAGAGGAGCGGAAGAAGACCAUGGAGCUGACUGCCCACUGACCAGCAUCAGACAGGGGCCAGCCUCUCAGCCCCUGAACUGCAGGGGAGAAGAAGAGAAGCGCACGACAGCAAGGCCUCCUCCCCCCGCAGCUGGGUCCUCCGGGCUGGGAAAGAGGUGCUGCUCCCCAGGCUGUGCAGUGAAGAGCUGGAAGCAAGAGCACAAGAUGGGACUCUUGGGGUAGGGGGCCAGGGGCUGGGUGCUGAUGGGGAAGAGACAGGGAGGUGAGCUCAGUGCAGGCUGCCCUGGGGCCAGGCCAGGAAGGGGUGGCUUGGCAGCCUGCAUCCCCUCCUCCUCCCCAGCCCCUCUUCCAGAGCCAGGAGGACCCCAGCCCCUGGGGCGACAGGGGUUGUGUCACCCCAGAGCUUCUUAGGUUCAUUAUAUGCCACCUUAUUUAUUUCUGCUCAAGGAUGCAGGGGGUAGGGUGCUGGUGUUUAAGGUGGGGGCUUCCCAAUAAACCACUGACAUUCAUGUUUGGCCUCUCUUGCUCCAGAAGAUACUCAAGAUACUGUAGCUCCUCACUUUUCCUCCGCAUCAUCCCACACCCCCCUCCACAUUCUCCGCAAUCCUCCGCGGAAAGACAGGGAAACCGAGGCCAGGGGAGGCUUAGAGAGUCAGAGAAGCGGGGUUGAGAGGGCAGAGAGACCAAAAGUAGGAACAGAGUGGGAGGUCAGGAGGGGGCAGUGGGAACAGAGAAGGUCCUCACCAAGCGACCGCCUGCUCACCCCUCCCUCCUCAGCUAUGUCAGGUCCUUGCCACUUGAGGAGGGCCUGGCACCUGAGUCAGGGUGUGCUUAGCAGGGUGGAGGAGAAGUGAACCGGCCGGCAGCCCCUUGAGAUGCCAAGGGGCUGAGCAGCCAGGUCUGUCAUCGGGCCAGGAGACACAGUCCCAACUCCCCUCUCGACCCCUGGAGGUUCCAGAAAGGUGCCACAUUGGGAGCCUGUGUCCAGAGGGAGAAGCCCCUGCCCCCACCCCUAUCGGAAGCCAUACCCGACGCACCUCUUCUCUGGGUCUGCCUCCACCAGCCAGGGUUCCCACCGUCCUCCCCUUGGCCUGUAGCGCUUACUGUCUUGUUCCCUUGCCAUUGACGCUCCUUGGGACACCUCCUUAAACUCAAUAAGCCUCUGCCUCUUAAACUAUAAAAUGAGAAUAAAAA